CACUGGAUUGACGUGGGGCCUAGCUUGGUUUGGUGUCAUAGUGAAUUUGUCCGUUUCCGUUGCUGCCGGAUAUCAAGUGAGCUCUAUCAAUGCACCAGCAAAAGAAGAAAUCUUUCCUGUGCUGUGCUGUCCUGCUCUCGGCUGGUUCAUUAUGCUUUCUUUCGUGCCGCGCAGCUUCAUCGGUGGAGUUGUUACUCCUGGGAAGGCUUCUCGUCGGACUGGCAUCCGGAUUGACUACCGGAGUAAUUCCAAUGUAUCUAGCAGAGGUAUCACCUAUCAAACUACGCGGUGCAAUGGGUGUGUUGUGUCCACUGGGCCUAACGGCAGGUGUAGUCGUUGGACAGGUGACAAGUCUUGAACAAGUGCUAGGAACCGAAGCACACUGGCAUUACGCUCUAAGCUGUUACUCGGUGCUGAAUCUAUUCUGCUAUGCGUUUUACUUUUGGAUACCCGAGAGUCCUAAGUAUCUGUACAGUGUGAAAGGAGAUCAGGCGGGAUCAUUACGCGCUAUAAGAAAACUUUUCGGUCGCCAUUCAAUUGGCGAUGAUUACAUCAAACUACAGAUGGAAUGUGCUAAUGGACAGAGCGGUUCUUCCAACAACGGCAUGCCUGUUGAUGAUGGGCAACCACCACCAGCGAGCCGUACAUUGUGGUCUGUUUUGAGGGAUCCAACUCUUACGCUACCGUUGCUGCUUGUCUGCGCCCUUCAAGGAGGACAACAGCUCUCUGGGAUUAAUGCCGUCUUUUUCUAUUCGGUGUCAAUUUUUGAGUCUGUUGGAUUAAGCUCUAAUGCUGCGAAGUUUGCCAACCUCGGAGUAGGAUGCCUAAAUCUGUUCGUGUCUUUGUUUGCACCGCUAUUGAUGGCACGGUACAAUAGACGCACUCUAUCCCUACUAUCAUGUUCCUCCUGUGCUGUAAUUCUCUUCAUGCUCACCUUAUCGAUCCAUUUUAUUGAAAUGGUCGACUGGUUCUCGUACCUAUGUAUCGGAUCGAUCUUACUCUAUAUUAUUUUCUACCAGUUCGGUUUGGGGCCUAUUCCUUUCUUCAUCGGGUCGGAGCUUUUUGAUCUUGGUCCUCGACCGACGGCUAUGGCAAUGGGCAGUCUUUCUUCGUGGGGCUGUAAUUUCAUCGUCGGGAUGGCAUUCCCGACGCUUCAAACGGUUUGGGGUGCCUUCGUUUUUCUUCCCUUUUCCAUAACCUGUGUGUUAUUAACGAUUUUAAUUAAAUUUUAUCUGCCCGAAACACGGGGCAAGGAAGUAACGGAAGUUGCCCAAAAAGUGGCACAAGGUUUUCGUUCUAAAGUAAAAGAUUAG